AUGGCGGCCUCUGUCCCGAGAGCUGCUCACGAUCUCGAAACAAGAACACGAACCGACGAUGUUUUGGUAUCGGAGAAUAUCGACUUCGGCUCUUUGCUGCUGUCUCAGGCGGUUCUAACCGGACUCGCUGCGGCGGGAUUCCAGAAACCUUCUCCCAUCCAGCUCAAAGCCAUCCCGCUGGGUCGCUGCGGACUCGAUUUGAUAGUGCAAGCCAAGUCUGGUACAGGGAAGACGUGUGUGUUCAGCACCAUUGCUCUGGACUCUCUGGUCCUGGAGAAUACCACGACUCAGGUCUUGGUGCUGGCUCCUACUCGAGAGAUCGCGGUGCAGAUCCAUUCCGUAGUGAUGGCCAUAGGCAGUGCCAUGGAGGGUCUGGAAUGCCAUGUUUUUAUAGGGGGCCAGCCUGUGAGCCAGGACAAACAGCAUUUGAAGAAGUGCCACAUAGCUAUCGGCUCACCGGGUCGUAUCAAGCAGCUGAUAGAGUUGGGGAUGUUGUCUACAGCCAGUAUCAGACUGUUUGUCCUGGAUGAGGCUGACAAACUGCUGGAAGAGGGCAGUUUCCAGGAGCAAAUCAAUUGGAUCUUCUCGUCCCUACCAGUGAACAAACAGAUGCUUGCACUCUCCGCCACCUACCCAGAAUCCCUCGCUCAGCACCUGGCCCGCUAUAUGAGGGAGCCCACCUUCGUCCGACUAAAUCCCAAUGACCCAGGACUCAAAGGUUUGAAGCAGUAUUACAAGUUGGUGCAGUGCCACGCUUUACCUCACAAGGUUUUUGAGGAGAAGGUGCAGCAUCUACUAGAGCUGUUCAGUAAAGUGCCGUUCAACCAGGCCCUCGUGUUCUCCAACCUGCACACAAGGGCCCAGCAGCUUGCAGACAUCUUGUCGUCCAAAGGCCUUCCUGCCGUUUGUAUCUCAGGUGGACUGAGCCAGAGCCAAAGACUGGAGGCCAUGUCAAAACUCAAGCAGUACCAGUGCAGAGUGCUCAUCUCCACUGACCUGACUUCCAGAGGAAUAGAUGCUGAGAAGGUGAACCUGGUGAUCAACCUGGAUGUGCCUCAGGACUGGGAGACCUACAUGCACCGUAUUGGACGGGCCGGCCGCUUCGGUACUCAGGGACUGGCGGUGACCUACUGUUGCCAUGGUGAAGAGGAGAACAAAAUGAUGGCGAUUGCUCAGAAGUGCAGCCUGAACCUUGCUGCCUUGCCAUCUCCCAUAGAGCCUGGGUUGAUGGAGGAGACUUGUGACUGGGAUGUGAACGUGGAAGCCUCCGCUCCCGGGUCCAUGACACAGCUCUUCCCAAAAAAAGAGAAGAAGAGACAUGCCAAGAUUGAAGUCCUUUCUGCUGCCUCUUCGAGGGCUGAGGAACCCAGCAAUGCCAACCCAGAGAUCAAUGGACCAAGUCAGCGUGGGAGGAGACGUCCUACACCCAAGCCAGCAGUAAAGGUUGAAGAGAUGCCUGGAAAACUGCCCCCCACUGUCGAUGUGCCCCUCGCCGCUGCUCAGGCUACAGCUCACUGUCAGGCCUCCCAGAAGCCAACGUACAAGGAGUUACAGGAGGCUUUGCCUAAGAUCCCUCCACUCAGCUCCUUUAAGAGUCAGUUGUCAAAGUUUAUGACCUUUGAGGAGGCCGAGCUGGACUUCCAGAGCUUCAUCACUGAGGGCUUGGGGAGGUCAGUGGAGGUCAUCAGGCAGUUCAAAGGUCAAGGAGAGAACGAUGGUGACAACAGCCAGAAUGGAUACCAAGAGGUGCAAAUGCUCUACGAUGAUGAAGAUCAGCCUUUCAGACACAUGCGCUCACUGAGGAGCAAAGAACGCCCUCCACCGCGUACCAAAUCUCCGCCCGUGCAGAUGAACGCUGACUUUCCGCCUCCCGGGUUGAGUCCCGGUUCUUCGACCUCUGGUUCGGACACUGAAGAGGACCAGCAGGACGAGGAGUUGCUGGGAAACCCGGAUAAGAAAAGAGGAACCCAACACGGAGCAGCCGGUCAGCCUCACUCUGAUGCCGGGCACGCAUCUGCCGCCGAACCAAAGGCGACUUCCACAAGAGCCAAAUCGAGCCUCCCAUCCGCACCCCAAACCCGUCGCCAUGCAGCACGCGCAACGGAGACCAGAGCUCUCCUCCCAUCUCACAGCAGCGACUCCUCGUCAGAAGUUAGUACGAGCAGGCAGACUGACCGGGGCGCUCCUCCGCAGAGAAGAGAUGAGGGAAGAAGGACAAAGCGAGAGAUCAGGAAAGAGAGGGAGAAGUGGGAACAGAGAGGGGAGGAGCAAAAGAGGGGAAGGGAUGAAAGGGUUGAAGCAGAACAUGAAGAUGAAGAUGAGGAGUGGACGAAUGAAAGUUCCUGGAGCGCUUACUACAGAGCCUGGCAGCAACAUUACUCCUCCCAUCCCUCCUCUCCCCAGCACGGUUACUGUGACUACUACAGUCUAGCUCACAGCUGGAUGGCCAUCUAUCGUAUGAACGCCGUCUACAUGGAAGAACUGCUGAGACACUGAAUGGCCAACAGGGGGGACUACUGAGACUCUCAUUCAAACUCAGUAACUUCAGUUAUACAUCUGCUCCAUGCAGCAGCACAUGGGUUCGUCUCCAAAUCCGAUUUUCACAUUUUCACAUGAGUUGGUGUAGAGAAAUUACUUCUUUUUUUUGUGUGCACUUUUUCCGUUGUUUUCUUACGAUCAAAGUUCACGUGCACAGGUGUGUGGAAUGAAAAUGACAAAUAAACGUUCCUGAUUU